GCAGUUAGUAGAAAUUCACAUAAACUACAUAGGAAUUAAACAAUUUGCACAGAAAAGAGUUAUAUAACCAAGGUCAAAAAACAAAGUGAAAAAAUUUACAUGCAGUAUAAAAAUGAGCCAGUCCUGCUGUAUGCACAGGGCUUCUAUAAAUAAAGAAACUGAGCUAGGAGCUGAGCACACUUAGCGGAGCAGAGCUCUUGAGGACUGCAGGCACUGUAGUCCCAGGCGCACGCGACACUGGAGGGUUCGGGAGCGCCGGCCACUAAAGGGACUUGCCCUGAAUUCUGGGUACUGCAGUCCAGGAAAGGGGAGCCACGCCAAGGAUUCUGGACGCCGUAGUCCUGGGGCCACACCUGCGGUCCGAGACAGCCUAGUUCCAGGCGGGCGACAUCACUGGACAUGAGGGGAAGCCUGUCGAGGGUACCUACUGAAGAGGCCGGGUAGCCUCCAGAGUGAGCGUGGUGCCAAGGACCCUGGGUCCUAGUUACCCGGGACCCCAGCCGUGUAUGUACUACUCCUCGAGGCUUCCGGGUACUUCAGUCCAGAGACCGGACACAAUGCCAAGGACACUGCGUAGAGAAGUCCCUCGUGAGCGGCUUUACUGUUGAUUCUGCGCAGGACGUCGGUGACUCGCCGAAGACUCUGGGUAGUGUGGCCCGGGUGAGCAGCUUUCCAGUUUCGGACAGUCCAACUACAGGAAUUCCCCGAGGACGGCGGCGCUGCCGAUCAGCGAGGGGACGCCGCGCGGAGCACGCUGGGAGUCGUAGUCCCCGGCCCGCGGAGCACUCGGUACCGCGGAGCGUACUGGGUGCAAGCGUUCUGGGUCCUUGCCUCCGCGAGCGAAGGCGCCAGGCUGGUCUGGGUCCAUUCUGGUGAUUCCGUCGUCCACCUUUGGCGUCAGACGCCCGGUUGAGUUAGGCCCCUGCGAGUCCAUCUCCCCAGCAAGCUGUUCUCGCAGGAACGGAGGACGAGGAGAUGCAAGAUAAACUUUCUGUUCAUUGUCAUCCCCAUGAGGGGAUGGGCCAGGCUGUGAGGCCCACACUCAGGACCUGUUCCCAGGAAGCUGCCCACUGCUCUGCAGGAUUUCUGGUCAGCCCCUGCAGCCUUCCCUUCUCCAUGGACAACAGAAAAAUGGCCAUGGAACCCCAGAGAGCCAGGAGAGAGACUCCCAUGGCAUUUGGGGAUGUGACUGUGGAUUUUACCCAGGAGGAGUGGGGGCUGCUGAGCCCUGGGCAGAGGACCCUGUAUAGGGAGGUGACACUGGAAAACUACAGCCUCCUGGUCUCCCUAGGAAUCCCCCAUUCUAAACCUGAACUCAUCACUCAGCUAGAGCGAGGAGAAGAGCCCUGGAGAAAAGAAAGAAGACACACCUGUGCAGCAGGAGCAAAGCCAGAGAUCCACUUGUGUCCCUGCUGCCCAUUGGCCUUCUCUAGUCGGCACUUCCUCAGCAAACACUUGCUGCGCUACCAUCCUGCCCAGAUGUCCCCAGGCGUGUGUGCAGAGAGUGACCUGUGGCCCAGGGACCCUGGCCUGAAGCAGAAUCAGCAACAGCUUUCUGAUCAGAUGAGCCAGAGUGGCAAAACAGAAGAUCAAGAGAAGGAGAGAAGCUGUAGACCCUUGUUUAGGUUGGAGACACAGACUUUGAGUGCAUCUUCCAGCUCAGCCCUGAGGCAGCCAGCAAGCUCCAGGGUAAGGGACAGUGCCAUGGAAGUAGACCCUAGCCAAAGCUGGAGGGAAUAUCUUAAGGAAGCAGACAAAGUACUAACAGGCAUAAAAAAUUCAAGCUGGGGAGCAUUUGGGUGUGCAGAUGGUGUGCUGGACAUUAGCCAGAAGCCCAUGCUGUUCCUGCAGGAAAACACACAGGCCAGGCAGAAGCUGUGUACGUGCAGGGAAUGUGGACAGGGCUGUGGUGGUGAGUCAGCGUUCCUUUCAUACCGGAAGACACAUGUAGGAGAAAGGCCCUACAUGUGCAGAGAGUGUGGGCGAGGCUUCAGCUUGAAGGCGUAUCUCAGCAGACACCAGAGGACACAUUCAGGGGAGAAGCCCUUCAUGUGCAAGGAGUGUGGGCGAGGCUUUACCAGUAAGUCACACCUCAUUGUGCAUGAGAGAACACACUCAGGAGAGAUGCCCUAUGUGUUUAGGGAAUGUGGGCGGAGGUUUAGUGAUAAGUCAUCCUACAGUAUGCAUUUGAAGACACACACAGGGGAGAAGCCCUUUGUGUGCAAGGAAUGUGGGCAAGCCUAUACCAGUAAGUCAAACCUUAUUGUGCAUGAGAGGACACACUCAGGAGAGAGGCCAUUUGUGUGCAAGGAGUGUGGACGAGCUUAUGUCAGCAAGUCAUACCUCAUUGUGCAUGAGAGAACACACUCAGGAGAGAGACCCUAUGGGUGCCGGGAGUGUGGGCGGAGGUUUAGGGAUAACUCAUCCUAUAUUAGGCACUUGAAGGUACACUUAGGGGAAAAGCCCUAUGUGUGUAAGGAGUGUGGUCGAGCUUAUAUUAAUAAGUCUUAUCUCACUGUGCACAAGAGGACACACACAGGAGAGAAACCCUAUGUGUGCAGGGAGUGUGGGCGAGCCUUCAUCUUGAAGUCAUAUCUCACCAGACACCAGAGGACACACUUGGGGGAGAAGCCUUUCAAGUGCAGGCAGUGUGAGCAAAGCUUCAGCUUGAAGGCACAUCUCCUCACGCACCAGAGGACACACUCAGGGGAGAAGCCCUAUGUGUGUGGAGAGUGUGGGCGAGGCUUCAGCCUAAAAGCAAAUCUCCUUUCACACCAGAGGACACACUCAGGGGAGAAGCCCUUUGUGUGCAGGCAGUGUGAACAGAGUUUCAGGCAGAAGUCAAGUCUUCUCAGACACCACAGGACACACUCUGGAGAGAAGCCUUUUGUGUGUAAGGAGUGUGGGCGAGGCUUUACCGUCAAGUCGACACUCAUCUUCCACCAGAGGAUACACUCAGGGGAGAAGCCCUUCAUGUGCAGGCAGUGUGAGCAGACUUUUAGCUGGAAGGGAAAUCUUCUUCGGCACCAGAGGACGCACUCAGGGGAGAAGCCUUUUGUCUGUAGCGAAUGUGGGCAAGGGUUUAUACAGAAAUCAUAUCUUACGAAACACCAGAGUGUACACUCAGGGAAGAAGCCAUUUGUGUGCAAGGAGUGUGGGCGAGCCUACACCAGGAAAUCACACCUCAUCGUGCAUGAAAGGACACACACGGGAGAAAGGCCUUAUGGAUGCCGGGAGUGUGGGCGAAGAUUUAGUGAUAAAUCGUCCUACAAUAAGCACUUAAAGACACACCUAGGGGAGAAACCUUUUGUGUGUAAAGAGUGUGAGCGAGCCUAUACCAGUAAGUCAACCCUCAUUGUGCAUGAGAGAACACACACAGGAGAGAGGCCCUAUGGAUGCCAGGAGUGUGGGCGAGCCUACACCAGUAAGUCACACCUCAUUGUACACGAGCGAACACACACAGGAGAGAGGCCCUAUGGGUGCCAGGAGUGUGGGCGAAGGUUUGGCCAUAAGUCAUCCUAUAAUACCCACUUGAAGUCACACACAUAAACAAAAUCUUAUGAGAGAGAGUGUGGGCAAGGCUUCAGCUUGGAGUCAUGUCUCACCCCAGAGGCAUACUCGGACAACCUUUGUCUUGCUACAAAGCUGUAGCCAGGGCUGUGCACCAGUUCUAAAGAGAUUCAAAGAAAAGAGGUCAAAGUUUGGGGAACAAGAUGCCAGUUUAGGAGAGGGAAUCAACUGAGCUCUUGGGAAACGUAGUCUCUUUUCUUCUGAACACAUAAUUUAAUUGUAUCUGCACCAAGUCAUGCCUCCCAAGGCCUAUUACUAUUAGCCUCUUCCACCUUCUUAGACUCACAGCACUCUGGGGAACCUUCACCCCUCUCUACACUCUCUCUUCCUUCCUAGUCCUCCUCGCCAGCUAUCCUAGGUGCUGUGGUUUUAAUGUUUUUGUCCCCUCCAAAAUUCAUGUUGAAACUUAAUCACUCACAGCACCGAGAAGUGGCCUUUAGGAGGUGACUGAGUCAGGAGGACGGAGUCCUCCUGAGUGGGAUUAAGGUGCUCUAUAAGAGCUUGAUGGGAAGUUGUUUGGCCUUUCUGCCAUGUGAGGAUACUGUUCCUCCCCAUACAGCAUUAAGGUGCCAUCUUAGAAGUGAGCAGAUAACCAGAAUUGCCAGUGCCUUGAUCUUAGACUUAACCAUUCUCUAGAAUUGAGAAAAGAAAUGUGUAUUCUUCCUAUGUUACCCAGUCUGUGGCAUAGUAGCACAGAGGGACACUUGGCCCAUGGCUUCCCCACCAUUUUCUCAUGUAUGAUCAUGGCUCCAAAUAAAAACCUGACCUGU